AUGUCUGGCCACGAGAUGGAGUUCAAGGCGACUUUGGUGCCACAUCGGUCCGACUCGACAGCAGCGAGACAACCGCCUGCGCUAUCAGACCCAGCCAUUGACCAUCGGCUCUGGGGUCUGAAUGCUGGAGAUCGUUCUCGUGUUCUUGGUCUCUACGAUCAAGGCAAGAAACUCGUUCCAAGCUACAACAAAAUCCAGAAAAAUGUCCAAACGAGGCAGGACCAGAUCAUGCGAUCUGUAAACGGAACCGACGAUUGGGAUUGGUUCAUGCACACCGACGUACCAGGAUAUGAUGGGCUUGAACUGCGAGAAGAGCGCCUUGCCGUGCAGGAAGCAGCACUUAGACGUGAGAAGAUCAAGUAUUUUUUUGAGCGCGAUCCCGAGCUAUGUCAUCUCAUGAGAGAAAGAGAGGCCGUCGAGCGCCCUAUCUAUCAGGUCGCUGCGGCCUGCGCAGAUCUGCAGCUAUGCCAAUCAUUCACGGCAAUCAUCCUCCAGAAGCUCCCUCGCGAACUGCGAGACCAGAUAUACAACUAUCAGUGGACAGAAGAGCACAUCAGAAGCCUAAACGACGCUAUCUCAUUUGUCCCCAAAUAUCAUUCCGCCGACGAAGCUGGCACAGGAGUACAAUAUCUCCCUGUGCCACGUUUCGCAAACGCCGCGUUGGUGGGCGAGGAGUUCGCAUCUGAAGCUGCAACCACGUACUUCAAGGACCUUUCAAACGUUGAGCUUGACUAUCGCUAUGUCCGCGCCUACCUUGAACGCGACCGCUUUGGUUCCAUGGCAUUCUCGUUCAAGGAUGCUAUACGACGUCUCGUCAUCACGAUCGAUGAGGACUAUGUAUUCUUGAUGAUUCGCGAGGCCAACAUGGAUGUCAAAGUUCUAGGCUACGACUUCUUCAGCACAACCGAAGAUUACGAUGCAGACGUAUUCUCCGAACAACUCAACUACUACCUCACUGCGGGUACUCCAGAAGAGUGGCUGGAGAUGAAGGCCAAAGAGAUCAAAGAGAUGCCGCGGGGUCCGUUUCGGCAGCGAUGCAAACGGACACUGCGAAUCAUGCGAAAGAACCUUGAGUCUGUCAUGCGAGAUUCUCGCAAGGCCGCUGAGUCUGCUAGAGCCAGCGUAUAA